UCCGCCUCUCGGCCGAGUCGACGUGGCAAGAGCGCGAGGUGCCUUCAGUCCGUGCUAGUCCUCUCGGACGACGGCCGCGGCAUGAGUGAGCGCGAGGUGCGGGAGGGGCUCAUGUCCAUCGGGUACACGCGCAAGACGGACCUGUCGAGCGGCCGGCACUACGGGUUUGGCGCGAAGACGGCGCUGCCGCGGCUCGCAGAUUACGCUCUCGUCUUCACGCGCGACCGCAGCGGUCGCCGCACAGUCGGGCUGCUCUCCUCCUCCUUCUCGAGGGCGAUCGACGCAGACCAGCUGCGGCUGCCCCUUUGCACGUGGGAGGCGGGACGCGACGCUCUGCUCACCGGCGCGAGCGAGGAGGCGCCGCUGCGCACGCGCCAGCGCGAGGCGUCGCUCCAGAUGCUGCUCGAAGAGUGCGAGGGGCUUCCCUACCUCUCCGAGGCGGAGCUGCUCGCAGAGUUCGCGUCCCCAGGCUGGUCGCAGAGCGGCGGCACGGGCACACGCAUCGUCCUGUGGGGCGUGCGCAAGGACCUCGAGUUCGCCGCGGUGGCGCGGAGGCUCAGGGGGGACAUCGUCGUGCGAGGCUCGCCUGGCGCCACGCCGCCCCUCUCGCACCAGCGCUCGCUGCGGGCGUACGCCGAGGUGCUCUAUCUCCGGCUGAGCGGGCAGGGGGUCGAGCCGACCAUGGAGAUCGUCAUCGACGGGCGCGUCGAGCCGCGCGACUGGUCGACCUACCUCGAGGGCGGGAUGCGCCGGACGGUGGCGCUGCCGAGGCCGAGA